AUGGCGACUUACGAUGCGUUUCGUCGCGAUAUCUACAAACAACUACGCGAGAAGUUGAUGAAAGGCGACAGCAACAGCGAACAAUUUGCUACCACAGGUACCGCGAAAGAGGUACUCACCCCAAGACAUCUGGAAGAAUUCUUCGAGGCCCUUCUUACUGGGUAUCGAACCUUACUCAAGAAGGUUUUUGGCUCUGAUGAGACGACUGUGGAUCUGUUCUACAAAAACCAAGCAUGUUUCUCUACAGUCGUCAUUCGUAAUGGACCUAAAGAGAUUGGAACCGUUGUGAAGAGUCUUGACACUUGCCGACUUCCAUGGCUUGAGGAGGAGCACUUGGGAUCUGGGUCCUACGGAGAUGUUUACAAGGUUGUGGUAGCAAAAGGCCAUUUCGUGGUCAAGGGAUACGCAAAUCCUGAACCAGAAGCGUUGGCACGCAAAGACUACAAGGUUAAGUCUGCCAUCAACUUCAGGGAGGAGGCUGAGACUAUGCGAAAGAUCCUCCAAAGUACAUCAAAGCACGACAACAUUCUGGAGAGCAUUGGCACCCUCGAAAUCGGGAGUAAUCCAUUGAGGUUUAGUCUCUUCAUGGAGCUAGCAAUCGACAACCUGGAGAACUAUUUGAUGGUCAAGGAUCACGAGCCGAAAUUGGAUGCCGAUGCCAGAAUACGAAGCCUCAAGUCCGCAUGGGGUCUCGCCGACGGGCUCCAUUUUCUUCAUACGCAAAUGAAGACGCCCGAUAUGCAAAAGAUGGUGUGUUACCAUAUGGACUUAAAGCCUAGCAACAUUCUGAUCUUCAAGGAUACUCGCCAAGGAAGUCACGAAGAAGAUUUGAUUUGGAAAGUAAGCGACUUUGGGAUGUCCAGAGUCAAGAUGCCCCACAACUCGACUUCACCAAAUGUUGGAGAACGGGAUAUCGAUUUCAAUACGAUGUUCAACAAAAACACUCAUUCCGAUACAAUGUCUGGGACCCAAGGCCGUGUUGGUAUUGGUACAUAUCUUCCCAGUGAGGCUCUUUCGCCUGAAAGAAGUAUGAAUCAAAAGAGCGACGUUUGGUCGCUUGGAUGCAUCAUCAGUGUCUUGUUCACGCAUCUAGAGGAGGGCGCAGAAGGGAUCAAGCAAUACCACGAGUCUCGGCGCAGAGAGAAUGGGAAUACAGAGGAGUUCUUCAAGGAAACUUACUUGGGAUAUAAGGUCAGCUCAGCAGUAAAGCAAUGUCACAGAAAGCUUAUCGCCAAAGCCAACUCCCGCAAUCCUUUGGAGAAGGAUCCAGUGAGCUUCAUGCUUGGUUUCCUGGAGAAUAGAGUGUUUCAGCUGGAUCAGAGGGACCGAUGCGAUGCCAAAACUGUAGCAGACCGUUUAAAGGAGACGGUUGAGAGGUACAAGGGAACAGCGGUUCCGGAGAAAUCUGCCGAGCAGCUCAAGUCGAAACGGCAUUUGUUGAAGAAGUUCACAUCACUGUCAGAGUGA